CUGCCGGAGACGCUGUCGAAGCUCGUCGCGGCCAUGGCGGGCCUGCCCGACGACAAGUACCGCUACAAGCAGCUCCUCUUCUGGGCGGCCGAGGCGCCGGACCUCGCCGCGGGCGACAAGGUCGACGCGAACAAAGUGCCCGGCUGCCUGUCGACGGUGCACGUCACCGCGGCGCUCGACGGCGACGGCCGCGUCGUCCUCGCGGGCGACAGCGACGCCCAGCUCACCAAGGGCCUCGUGGUGCUGCUCGUCAAGGGCCUGAGCGGCGCGACGGUCGAGGAGAUCUGCGCCGUCGACCCGGCGUUCAUCCGGGACGCGGGCAUCGCCGCGUCCCUGACGCCGGGCCGCAACAACGGCUUCGUCAACAUGCUCAACGUCAUCAAGGCCAAGGCC